AUGAGGAUCUGUGGUGCUGGGUGGAGUUCAGGGCCACUACGAGAAACAAGAUCACAAUCUCUAGAAAAAUCUUAUGGAAAAUUUGUAGCAACACGACACCCACAUCUCCUACUCUUCCACGUCAAGCACUCUGGUGGCCUUACAAUCCUCUAUAUGGCCAACGAGACCGCCACCCGUAUGUCAUCGUAUGGUGUUAGCUUGAUAAGUUGGGAUGAGGAGGUUGGAUCUGGAGGGGAGAAAGAUAAGAGGGGCCGCUUCAAUGGUGGUUCGAAAGGGAUGGAUCGAUGUAUUGGUGGGGCUGUUGUGAAGAUGGGAGACUUCUUGGAAGAGGAGGAACUGUUGGUGUAA